UGGCCGUUUCAGGAAAAUGCAGUGACCGCAAGUAGAAAAGAAACAUAAGCGUUUGACAGUCGUAACCAGUCAUCUUUAUUCAUCCAUCUUCUUCAGAGUCCAGUUUCUUCUUCUUCAAACAACAAUCUGGAUAGAUAGAUAUGGUUUCCGCAUGUUACUCGCUUUACAAAAAUCCCUAAAUCCAAGUUCUGGAAGUGAAGUAGUAGUGAGAGUUGGGGGAAAAGUUAGGGUUUUCAUUCGUGGAUCUCUUUCUGUGAAAUUUGGGGGAAAAAGUUUGAAUCUUGAAUUUGAAGUUUGAAGAAUUGGUUUUUUCUGAGUGGUGAAUUAGGGUUUUUGGAGAAAUGUUGGUUGAAGAGAGAACCAGCAAUGUUGUUCAUGUGGAUUUUCCACCAUUACGUCGUUGUAGAAAAAAAGGUGCUGCUUUUAAUAAUGGUGGGAUUCCUAAUGGUAACGGAGGAGAUGCUGAUGAUUUGGAUGGGUCGUAUACCGAGGAUGGUAAUGGAGUUCUGAAAUAUAAGAGAAGGAAACAUGCCACUACGAGUUCAGAAGAAGAUGUUAGGGUUUCUGUUGUUGCUGCUGAAGGGCACUUGCAGGUUGAACAGAAACUAAAACAACCUGAUUAUGAAGUGUUGCAGAGCAACUCUUAUGAACAAAAUGGACAUUCUAGAGUUGAUGUCCGUCUUCUUACGCAACAAGAUUCAGGUGAUAGACUACCUGGUCGUUGGAGUAGUGUUGUAAUUGAACAUAUAUUGGAAAGCAAAAGUGGUCUCAGGGACUGCACCCGAGAUGCAUUUGCAUCUAGUUCAUCGAACACGUUUCAAUUGCCUAGCCGUUCUGAGCAGUCUGGACCUGACCAGGGCUGUGCAAGUUGCCAUCAAGAUGGGGGAAAUGGUGGCAUAAGUUCUAUUUCAGAUGGGCUCACCGGAAAGGACCUUAAUAGUGAAGCUGCUGCUCAUUUUAAGACAGAACUGUGUCAACGUGUAUUUCAAAAGGUGCUAGUUUCGGAAAGCUUUGAGUUAUUGUGCAAGUUGCUCUGUGAAAACUUCCAAGGCAUCAAGGUCGAAAGCGUUGACGAAUUUAGCAACAUUACUUCGAAGUUCAGAAAUGGGGCCUAUGGAUCAUCUCCCACAGUUUUCCACACAGAUAUACAACAGGUUUGGAGAAAGUUCCAGAAGAUCGGUACAGAAAUGGUUUCUCUUGCAACAUUCCUUUCCGACAUCUCGCGGAAAUCCUAUCUUGAUGAGUUUGUUGGGAGGGUUAAUGGCAUCGGGGUAGAAGGAAAACAUGAGCACCGUUGUUUCGAUCUGGAUACUCAAAAAGUAUCUCGUUCCCUAAUAUCUGACCAAGCAGAGGUUUCUGGUCUGGACAAAGUUAGUAUUUGCCGGCCUUGUGGUAAGAAAGCAAAUGGAAAGGACUACCUUGUGUGUGAUUUAUGCGAAGAAAUGUUUCACGUGUCUUGCAUAGAGCCCCCAGUUGAGGAGAUUCCACCAAAAAAUUGGUAUUGUACCAACUGCACCGCUGCAGGAACCGAGUUACUUCAUGAGAGUUGUGUGGUAUGCGAGAAGCUCAGUUACACUGGAAUCAAAAAAUUAUCAGUUGGAGAUGGUAAAGAAUCGCUUCCUAAAGAUAUUCUGUGCAAUUUAGAAGAGAAGUCAGUGUCUAGCAUGGUAUCUGAGGAGAAUGAGGUCCAGUUUUCCAAGAGAGAGAGAAUACUCAACCGCCCUUGCAAGCUAUGUGAAGGUGACAUAAAAGAAGGGCAGAAAUUUAAAGUAUGUGAGCACCAAUUCUGCCCAUUCAGGAUUUUCCACGUGCAUUGCUUGGCCAAGGAUCAGCUGAAAUAUCAUGGUCCGCGCUGGUAUUGCCCAUCUUGCCUCUGUAGAACUUGCCUCACCGAUGAAGAUGAUGAUAAGAUUGUUUUAUGUGAUGGUUGUGAUCACGCGUAUCACAUGUAUUGCUCGAAUCCUCCUCUUAACUUCAUUCCAAAGGGAAAAUGGUAUUGUAAAAAGUGUGAUAAGGAAAUUCAGAAAGUACGCAAAGCGAAAAGGACUCUCCAGAGGCAGAGUCGUGAGAAAAAACAGACACAGAACAGACCCAUCGAACAGAACAAUGCUGUGGGAGGAUCAGUUGACAUGUUAUUAAGUGCAGCUGAGAAAUUGAAAACUGAAGAGACACUGGCCGCUGGUGAGACAGAACGAUGACAAUGCAGGAGGCAUUCUGUUAGCAAAAAGGAGACAGUUUAUGGAUAUGGUUAGUCUGCAUUCGGUUAACCUCGGCUUUGUAGGUAAAUGACUUUUGAUUCUUUUGUACAUUUCGGAUCGUCCCUCCGCUAAUCGAUGCUCUCGUUAUCAGAGCUGACAUUUAGAAGUCAUUCAGAUUUGCUGACCUUUUCUAUUCUUGCAAACACCGUACAUGAUGAAAAUGAUGCCACGCGGUGUAUCAUUCUGUCGCACCUCUUGUAAGCUGUGUAAUAGACUAACACCAUAUGCUGAGACUUACUAAUGUUCAAUCCUUGUAAAGGAAAGCUUUUUGGAGGGAGGUAGUAA